AUGUCUACGACUACACUGCCGAAUGGCAAUGACACGCUGCCUGCGACGGGUGGUGGGGGUGUCACCACUGCGAACGGCCACGUAGCUGGUAACGCCUCCUCGCCUAGUAAAAGCACGGAGCGCAUUCAGAUCGUGAACGAAGAAAAACAAUUUACACCGGACUUGGGCUCCCAAAUCGACAAAUGGGGCCUUAGGGAUGUCGGAUUUGCGUACAACAUCGUCUCGGUGUUUGGGUCGCAGUCAACCGGGAAGAGUACCUUGCUCAAUAGGCUCUUCGGGACAACGUUCGACGUCAUGGAUGAGUCGAGACGCCAGCAGACAACGAAGGGCAUAUGGAUGUGUCGUGCCAAGGACAUGAACGUUAUGGUUAUGGAUGUCGAGGGCACUGAUGGACGGGAAAGAGGAGAGGACCAGGAUUUCGAACGCAAAUCGGCCUUGUUCUCGCUCGCGUCGUCAGAAAUUCUUAUUGUCAACCUUUGGGAACACCAAGUUGGUCUCUACCAAGGCGCCAACAUGGGCCUCCUCAAAACAGUUUUCGAAGUGAACCUGGGUCUCUUCGGAAAGAAAGCCAAGGAUGGAACGAGUGGUCGAACUUUGCUUCUAUUCGUCAUUCGAGACCACAUAGGGCAAACACCCCUCGCCAACCUUGAAGCCACUCUCACUUCCGAUCUCACCGCCAUUUGGGAGGGUCUAAGCAAGCCUGCGGAUUUGAAAGACCUUAAACUUUCCGACUAUUUCGACCUUGCAUUCACUGCGUUGCCACACAAAAUCCUCGCGGCCGACAAGUUCGAGUCGGAGGUCCUGAAUCUAAGAACGCGCUUUGCGGAUAAAUCCGCAUCGAAUUAUCUCUUCAAGCCGGCGUACCACAAGCGUAUCCCUGCAGAUGGCGUGGCAUUUUACAUGGAGGGGAUCUGGGAACAAGUCCAGACUAACAAGGACCUUGACCUGCCUACUCAACAGGAGCUGCUGGCGCAGUUCCGAUGCGACGAGAUUUCUGCUGUCGCUUUGACCGAGUUCCAUGACCAGGCUAAGUCGCAGAAACGGCCUGUGGAAGCUGGCAAAGUUGUAGAGGGCCUGGGUGCAUUGAUGAAGAAUUGGAGAUCGAAUGCUCUUGCUCGUUACGACCGUGAUGCCUCGCGGUACCACAAGGGUGUCUAUGGCCGCAAGCGGGUUGACCUCAUUGCCAACAUUGACGCUACACUCUCGCCGCUCUAUCUCGGGCAGCUUAAAAACCUGCACAAGUCGUGCCUCGCAGCCUUCAAGAAGGAGAUGUUGGAUGGGCUCAAGGGCGAAGGGUACAGCUUCGCGGACGUCGUCGCGAAGGCAAGGCGGACGUGCGAGGGCACAUUCACGAGUGCGGCGAAGGAGGCGACAAUCGAGGAGACGGAGUGGAGCUGGGAAGAAGAACUGCAGCUAUUGAAGGAGGAAAUUGGUGUCGUGGCUGAUCAGUGCAGGAAAGAUGAGACGAAGAAGAUGAUUAAUCAGAUUGAGCGCAAUGUCAAGAAGCAGUUGUCGGAGCCUGUUGAAUUACACCUCAAUAGGCCUUCGAAGGGCAUGUGGGACAGCGUCUUGAUGACGUUCCGUGAUGUACUAGGAAAGGCUGAGAGUGCAUACUUGAUCAAAGCCACAAGUUUCAACUGCACAGAAGAAGAAAACGCGUCUUCGUUAGCUUCACUCCGAAAACGCGCCUGGCUAGCUCUUCGGGCGAAAAUCGACGAGCAGACAGCAGAACAAGCAUUCCUCAGUAAACUGCGGAACCAUUUUGAGGAGCGUUUCCGAUACGACGAACAGGGUGUCCCGCGGGUCUGGAAGCCCGAGGAUGACAUCGAUGGUGCAUUCAAAAAGGCCAAAGACCAGACCCUGGAGCUUGUCCCUUUGUACUCGAGAAUAUCCCCGGAGGACUCAUCGUUAGAGUACGACCUACCCUCGGAACCGUCUGAUUCUUUGCUCGAGUCGGAAGACUUUGAUUUUACGGCAUCACUAACCGUAUUCUCCGAGACGAAGGCAGUCGAUUUAACUAACAAGUUCCGCAAGGAUGCGGACGCAUACUACGUGGAGGCAAAGAGGAGCACAGUGUCGAGUAUUGCACAGAUUCCAUAUUGGAUGUAUGGUGUGCUUGUUGUGCUGGGAUGGAACGAAGCUAUGGCGGUGUUGUUCAACCCACUGUAUUUCACGUUUUUGCUGAUUGUUCUCGCUGCUUCGUAUAUUACCAUCCAGCUUGGGUUGGUGGGGCCACUGUUCCAGGUGGUGAAAACUGUUGGUGGCGAAGUCCAGCGGCAAGCCGUAGCCCGCCUGCGCGAGCAGUUUUCGGAGCCCGCGCUAGCACCAGCUGUGCCAGCGAUGACUCGUGCGGAGGAAAACGCUGCGGAGCAAGAGGUCAAAGACGAAUUGCGAUCUCGACAGCUUUGA